AUGAUGACAAAAAAAGGGGUGCAUAAUAUUAUUUCAGACAUGGCAAGGAUUCCCGUGAGGUUUCACAGAGUGGCAGCGGCCUUUGAUGCUGAUGUGGCACGUGUGAGGCUCUGCGAGAGCAGCGGGAGCGAGCAUUCGCCGGAGAGUUUAACCGAUUUGUCUGAUCUCGUGAAGUCCUUCAUGGAGAAGAACGAGAAAGAUGAAGUUGGUGGUGCGAUUCACUUCGAGGAAGAGCGCCAUGAAGAAGAGCUUGAAGAAACUGAGUGGUCCGACUCGGCGAAGGUGGAAAUGUUGCGGAGUUUGUUUUCCGGAAAUGAAGAGGAUGACGACGAUGAAAGGGAUGCAAAAGAAAUAAUUAAGAGAGAGGUUGAAGUUGCAUGUGGGGUUGUUGGGAACGAUUCCAAACGCCAGUUGAUGUCUCAGUUGAGGGAAAAAGGUUUUGAUGCUGGGCUCUGCAAAUCCAAGUGGGAGAAAAGUGGAAGAUUAACAGCUGGUAAUUAUGAGUACAUUGAUGUCAAUUUCAAGGGAAAACGCUAUAUAGUUGAACUUUCCCUUGUAGUGGAAUUCGAAAUAGCUCGUCCCACAAAUCAAUAUUCUGCCUUGCUAGAUGUUUUCCCAUUGAUAUUUGUGGGGAAAGUGGAUGAGCUGAAGCAGGUUGUGAGACUAAUGUCCACUGCUAUUAAGGGCUCCAUGAAAAAAAUGAACCUGCACAUACCACCAUGGAGGAGAAAUGUGUACAUGCAAGCCAAGUGGUUCAGUGCUUACAAACGAACAACUAAUGCAGUUGCAACCAAAAUGGCAUCAUCACCUUUGUCUUCUGAGUCUUGGUUUCCCAAUAGGUCCAUUGGGUUUGAAGUACGACCUGUGAAAGCACACAAUUGCAGGGAUGAUGAUUAUGCCACUAAUGCUGGUUUCAGAAUCAGCCAUUUGACAGCUGUGUUUAAUUCCGAUAACCUGGGUGUGUAA